AGGACUAUUAAUAUAUAAUACAUUGUUGAGGCUUGACGCGCACAGAAUUCAUCUGAUAGUGGAGUGGGCUGCGUGUGUUGUGAUCCUUAGUGAAAAAAAUAUAUUUUUGAAAAAAAAAAACAGUGACCAUGACUAUCGGAGAUGGGAUGUGUGUUUACAACAACUUUGAUUACUCUCUCAACGUGCAAAAGAUGUUGAACAUCAAAGAUGGUGAUUUGGAAGUCCUGCUCAAGUUAUACAAUAUCAACAAGAAAUCUCUGGAUGAAAUAAUAGCCAGUAUAAGGGAGUGGUAUGAAAAGCAGCCACACUUGCCACAGGGACAAUUACAUGAUCGCAUAAUCCUCGGACAUCUAAUAUCUCGAGGCUUCAGCGUGGAACAGAGCAAAGAGAAGAUAGACAACUACUUCUCAGCCCGAGGAAGAAUGCCUGACCUUCUCGGGGGCAGGUCACCCCUCUUACCUAAUAUGGAGAAGUACCUGAAGGAAGGGUACUGGGUCGUUCCUCCAAUGAGGACCGAGGAUAACCAUAGGAUCUUAAUAUUCAGAAUACUGAGCCCAGAAAUGGUAGUCUUAGACGUGGCAAGGCUAGGCUUCCUGAUGGGAGAAUACAGGCUAUUCAACGACACUUCACAGGGCGAUCACUGGAUAUUUGACUUUAGCAACGCGACGCUCAACCAAGCUUUGCAGUUCACGCCUAUCAUUAUAUCGAAAAUUUACUAUCAUAUUACGCAAUGCUACGCCAUAAAAAUGAAAGGCAUCCACCUGGUCAACGUGCCAUCCUUCGGCCACUCGAUCCUGGCUCUCUUCAAGACUAUCAUGAAACCCAAACAUAAGGAAAGGCUGCAUCUCCAUGAAGGUUUUGAUAAAGUCUUCAGUGUACUGCCUAAGGAGAUAUUUCCUAAGGAUCUGGGUGGUACCGCUGAUAUGACUGUGAAGGAUAUUUGUGACACAUGGUACGAGACCCUACAAUCUGACACCUGGAAAGACUUCUUCGCGAACCAGGAGAAGAACUUCCACGUGGAUGAAGCCAAGAGGGUAACUGCUUCUAAGAUAACUGACGAGUUCGGUGUCGAAGGUUCCUUCAGAAAAUUAGAGUUAGAUUAACCGUCGUUUAGGAGGUAGAUAAACUAGUGAAUAGUUAUACUAUUUGUAGUAUAGACAAGGAAAAAUAAUUCUUGUGUCUUAGGCCCAAGUUCAAUCAACUUUGACUUUUUAACCGACUUCCCAAAAAGUAGGAGGUUCUCAAAUCGUUAUGUUAUUUGAAAACGCGAGGACUAAUUCGCAAAUUCUAUUUUUAUUUUCACGUUCAAGUUUCAAAGUAAACAGCUGUUUUAAGAAUAAUGAACGUUUAGGUGGUCGGUGAACUUGGGCCUUGUUUGUUUAUAAUUUCAGUAAGUUGUAGGAUUUCUCACAUCGGGGAUUAGUACAUUUUUAUUUGUUACAUCUGAUGUGAAUCCGUAAGGCUGUUGAUAAAUAUUAGUAGAUAAAAGUUGAAAUUCGAUCGAUUUUGUUUAUGGUGUUUGUAUUAUUAUACAUGGUGUCGAAAUCAAAUGUAAGUUAGGUGAUUUUGAAUAAGUAGUGUUUAUAUAGAAUUAUUUGUCCUUUAUAUUUUUUGAGUGCAAAAAUAAACGAAUAAAAAUACA